AUGAUUAUUUACAGGGACAUCAUCAGCGGCGAUGAGCUCGCGUCUGACACAUCGAAAAUCAUCGAUAUUGGCAAUGGCCUGUGGGAAAUUGACGGCAAGAUGAUCACAAAAGGAUCCGAGAACUUUGUUCUCGAAGGCGCCAAUCCAUCUGCUGAGGGCGAAGACGCCGAAGACGGUACGGAUGACACCAAGGUCACGGUUCUUGAUCUUGCCGACCAGUUUCGUCUACAAAAGCUCGAAGGUGGAAUGAGCAAGAAAUCGUAUCAGUCCGAACUCAAGAAAUACAUGAAGGCUCUGACAGAGAAAUUGAAGGAGAAGGGGAAGAGCGAGGAGGAGAUCAAGAAAUUCCAGUCAGAAGCACCUGCCGCAGCCAAAAAGAUUCUCGGCAACUGGGACAACUACGACAUCUAUCAGGGCGAGUCAAUGACCGAGAACGGCAUGUACGUCCUUGUUGACUUCCGUGAGGAUGGUAUGACACCAUAUGCGACCGUUUGGAAAUGGGGCCUGGAAGAAUACAAAGUGUAA